AUGGAGGCGGUACACGACCCAUGGGCACUGUCUUCAUCAGCGUGGCGCUCUGACCACGAAGUGUGGCCAGUUGGCCUGUACGGGGACGAAGCUUCCAUGGGUUUCGUGGGAGGUGGGCCAGUAGAAAAGAUCAUCGGCCUUUUUCUGAAUAUACCGUUGCAUCGACCAGCAUCAACGCGUCUAUCAAGAUUUCUCAUCUUCUCCAUCUCCUCGGAGUACGUAGUCAGCGCCCAGGACACGUUCUAUCCGGUCUUCGACGCGAUCGUGAGGAGCUUGAACGCAGCAUCCACUGGGGUCGACCCUCAGCGAUUCCUGGUCAGUGAGCUACGUGGCGACCAAGCAUGGUUUAGAUACAUUUUCAGGCAUCGAUCGCACUGGAGCGCUAUCGAAAUCUGCCCUCGGUGUUCUGCAUCUUCCAAAGGCCCAAUGGUGUACUCGGGGGACUACAAGGAAACACCUGCAUGGGCUGCAACCAUGCGGUUCAUUGUGGAUCAGUGCCCCCUGCCACACUGCCCGCUGGUUGGACUCCGCUUUUUUGCGGUGAGCCUGUUGAAGCACUGUACGCUCCACAUCUGCAAUCUGGGCCUGUGCGCCACAGCUUCAGGCUCUUGCCUGCUGAUGCUGAUCUGCAUGGGCGUCUUUGGGCCGGCAACUCCUGAAGAUGUGAGGGGCGCGCUGAACACGUCUUUUGAUGACUUCAGCAGCUGGAGGAAUGCCCUGCGCCGAUUUUUCGGGCUGAUGGAGCGGUCCUCGAGGACGGCCGUCAAGGCAGCAGAGAUUGCUCGAGCUGGGCGGCGCUUCAUCAAGGAGCACCUCCGCCUCACUUCGAUGAGCGCGGCCAUUCCGCAGCUGGCAUGGGUGUGCACGGACCUGGCGUGUUGGGACUGGCGCCUCCGUAGCCGGGCCUCCGUGCCUCUCACUUCCCUAAGACCGCACGAGACUGGUACGCCCCCCAGCAGUCGGUUGCCUGGACCAGGUCUCGGCGCGCUGCUGCGUGCUGGCGUGAGGAAGAUCGACCCCGGCAUCCAGAGCAUCCUGCGGCGGAAGGCGGUCGUCUACGCUCACUGCUCCCAGGGCCAUACCAUGCAGUCCUCCGAGGGGAAUUGGUCCGUGGCCCGGCUGGUCUUUUCCGCCGCAUGCGGCAUUUGCAAGAAGGGCCUGGGAGUCGAGCGGAAGCUUGAGUGCACCUCCUGCGGCUUCUUCCUUUGCAGCUCCUGCGACCGGAAAGGCCUCUUCCGAGGCUACUACUCCUUGGGCUCCAUGGCGGCCACCACCGCCAGGCAAUUGCUGCAAGAGCCGGGCUGGAUACGCUACAAGGCGCGGCGGUACCUGGCGGCAGCUGGCCAGCCUGGUGGGCCGUUGAGCCUAGACGUGUGGCAAGGGAAGCUCGCAUUGAG